UACGGCGGUUGUCUACGUGGCUCGGAUGCGGUCCGGGGCGUGACACGAAGGGUAGUGAGACCUCCCAAGAAGGGUUCAUCUCUACAGAGGCCGCGUUCCCGUACACUUACAGCUGUGCAUGAGGAUAUUCUUGAGGACCUAGUGUUCCCAGCUGAGAUUGUUGGGAAGCGCAUCAGAUACAGACUUGAUGGUUCAAAAAUAAUGAAGGUUCUAUUGGAUUCGAAGUUCAGGAAUGACACAGAAUACAAGUUAGAAACUUAUUCUAGUGUCUACAGGAAGCUUUCCGGAAAAGAUGUAGUCUUUGAGUAUCCCAUCACCGAGGCCUGAUUGCCAUUUCCCUUUUUUGAAUAUUUCUAUUUGAUACACAUCUUUAAUUUAAGAAUGUCUACUUUCAUUGCCUAGGCUGUCUGAAAUUUUGACUAUCUACUUUUAUGUGUGGACAAUUACUUUCUAAGCCGAGUAUUUAUGAAUGAUGGAAAUACCAUGGCCUAUA